AUGUAUCACCUUCAACUGAAGCUCGCGGCCCUAUUGGCAUGGGCGGCAGCAGUUGCCUGUGAGGGUGUCGUUGCCCCCGUACCCGAGGCCCGUGGGCCUGGGGAUUGCCCACCGGGUGGCGUGAAUUACGCACAGCUGGCGGCGAAGCUCUCGAAGGCUGCCCAGAUCUACCAGCCAGGCUCCAGCGCGUUCAAUGCGGCGGUUGCUCGCUGGUCCAACCUGAGCAUCCCCGUGGCAAACGUCGUCGUUGUUCCCAGCACGGAAAAUGACAUUGUCCAGACGGUCAAAUUCGCAAACCAGAACUCGCUGCCUUUCCUCACCACCAAUGGCGUGCAUGGAUCAAUCACCACGCUGGGGGCAAUGACCCAUGGCAUCGAGAUCCUUAUGAGCCAGCUGAACCGCAUCGCGAUCGCCAGCGAUGGGAAAACGGCCACGAUUGGCGGUGGGGUCAUGUCCAAGAACCUCACGGACGCGCUUUGGGCAGCAGGAAAACAGACAGUGACGGGAACGUGUGAAUGUGUGAGCUAUCUGGGUCCCGGCCUGGGGGGUGGUCACGGAUGGCUUCAGGGCCGCUACGGACUCAUCUCGGACCAAUUCGUCUCGAUGAAUGUCGUCUUGGCCAACGGUAGCUUGAUCACAAUCGAUCAGAACUCAAGGCUCUCCUGGGCCAUGAAGGGCGCCGGUCACAACUUUGGCAUCGUCACUUCCACGACUUCCAAGAUCUACGACAUUCAGCACCCCAACUAUGCCAUGGCGACGCUGAUCUUCAGUGGCGAUCAGGUCGAGGCUGUCUACAGAGUCGCCAAUGAGCAGUGGCAUUCAACCGGCAAAACCAUGCCCGUGAAUCUCAUCAACUGGUCGUAUUGGUUCUUCGAUCCUACCAUUGAUCCGCAAAAGCCCGUCAUCGCCAUGUAUCUCAUCCAGGAAGGCGUGAGCGCCGUCGAUGCGGCUUACACGCAGCCGUUCCUCGACCUCGGACCCAUCAUCAACCAAGCUGUGUCGGGAACUUAUCGCGACUUGGCUGCGUGGACCGGCAUCUCUCUUGAUGCCCCGCCCUGCCAGAAGACCGGAAACGCCAACCCGCGCUUCCCCAUCUAUCUCAAGUCGUACAACACCACCGCCCAGCGGCUGGUGUACAAUCUUUUCGCGCAAGCUACCACCAACGCAUCCACUCCCUUCAGUAACGCUCUCUUCAUGUUUGAAGGCUACCCCCAACAGGGAGUAAAAGCGAUCAGCGACGACGCCACUGCCUUUGCCUACCGUGCCGAUAACCUACUCGUCGCCCCGCUCCUCUCCUACAAGCCUACCGGCCCGGCACUCGAUGAAGUCGCCUUUAAGCUUGGUAAGCAGAUGCGCCAGAUCCUCUAUGAGGGCAGUGGGCAGACCAGUCUCAACACGUACGUCAACUACGCCUACGGUGAUGAGACGCCGCUGGCCUGGUACGGGAGCGACGCGUGGCGCCAGACCCGUUUGCACGCCUUGAAGGGGGAUUUUGACCCCACGGGCAAGUUUAGCUUCUACGGACCAAUUGCAUAG